GAAAUGUUUAAACGCCACGAAUCACGAUUUCAGUUACGGAUUUGGCGACAUGCUAUAACAUAUUCUUUGCUUUUGCUUGUUAGUCCGCUUUAAAAUGUAUUUACGAGCACAUUUUAACUACAAAUAAACUUAUGUUUUUGUUAAAAGUGUAAACUAGUCGAGUAUAUCUAACGUAGAGUUCCUGUGUUUUUGCGUUUGAAAAUGUCAGCGGCUGGCUUCACAUUUGUUGUGCUGUGAUGUAAACAUGGACAGGCCGGACACUACAUUCAGUCUGGCUUAUGCAGUAUUCACUCUCUGCUUUAUAUUUACACCCAAUGAGUUUCGUUCGGCAGGUUUUACUGUGCAGCAUAUGUUUGCGGGAUGGCUGGGCAGUGAAGACAUCUGCUUCAUUCAACACCACAUUAAAAGAACAACACUAACCCUGCUCGUGCAUUGCUUCCUGCCUCUAGGUUACUACAUAGGAAUGUGUUUCGCUGCUCCCGAACAAAAUCUUUUAUACAUCCACCUUGCAAGUCAAGGAUGGCAAAUCUACUUGAGCGUUUCAUUGGCCAUUCAGCUUUUGAGUUGUGCACUGGCUUUCUAUUGGUCCAGACACGGCUGGGCCAAUCAUCCGAUAUGCAAAGCUCUGAGCGUGCAUGCCUUACCACAUUCUAGCUGGAGGGCCGUGGCUUCUUCCAUUAACAUCGAAUUUCGCCGCAUUGACAAAUUUGCUUCAGGUUCCCCUAGCGCAAGAGUGAUCGUCACCGAUACCUGGGUGAUGAAGGUCUCAACAUACCACUUGCAUGUCGCUUUGCAUCAGGACUGUCAUUUGACUGUGACAGAUUCCAAACAUCACAGCCUGUCACCUGAUUUAAACACACCUGUGCAGAUUGUCACCAUCACCGUUGCCAGUAUCAAUCCCAGAGUCAAGUCUUUUGACAUCAGGUUGAAAUCUACUGAAUAUGUUGAGCUACAAGAAAAGCUGCAUGCACCAAUCAGGAAUGCUGCCAAUGUAGUCAUCCAUCUGACAAUGAGUGAGCUGUUUCUGGAGACCUUUAAGACGUAUGUGAUGAUGAAUGAUGUUUACAGCUGCCCAAGUGGACAGGAACUUGAGGCAUGUAUUGGAUGUAUGCAAGUCAAUGCCAAUGUCAAACUUGUACGACUGUGCCAGGAAGACAGUGAAUGCCAGCAGUGUUACUGUCGUCCCAUGUGGUGUCUUACGUGUAUGGGUAAAUGGUUUGCUAGUCGACAGGACCAGCAGCAGCCAGAGACGUGGCUGAGCAGCAGGGUACCGUGUCCCACCUGCAGGGCCAAGUUCUGCAUUUUAGAUGUCUGUCCCAUAAUAUGAUUGAAUAUUAUAUUUGCUUCUCAUAUCUGCAUAUCUUUCAUCCUGGUAUUUCUGAGCAUUUGUACAUAAAGCACUUUAAGUGGAUUUCCAAGUAUGA